AUGUCUCGACAUCAUCAUCCGAAUUUCGGAGGCCUUACAUCCGCGGAGAAUUGGCGUCAACGCUUAUUUGAAAGUUUCCAUCACCCAUUCCUAUGGAAUUCCAUGAAGGAUCAAAAAAGGUGCGGAGAAAGUUCCGGACAAUCGGGACUUGGCAACGGCAAAAUGUAUAUCAAUGUUACCAUUAGUUACAUAGAUCGUCCAUCACCUUCACCACGAUAA